CUGCCACCGAGACAGUACUUCAGGUUUGAAAAUGAACACACAAAUAAAAAAGAUUUGAGGAAUGAAUUCAUGGCAUUACUAGCCAUUGUUAGGAACCUUCGAUUCCGCAAAGGAACUCCCAACUUCUCUCAAAUCCCAUAUCUUCUUCCUCGCCAAUUCACUUCGCAAUUAAACCCUUCCUUCGUUCGGGCAUUUCAUCGAACACCUUGCAGACGACCCGAUUACGCCCCUCAAUUGAGCUUCUUCCCGCAAGAUCAAUCUCAAUCUCAGGUCCGGAGCAUUUCCCGAAAGAUUAAUUUCUCGGAUUGGGCAGAAGAAGUUCGUGGAGACGCCCAAUUAGGUCUCGGUGAAGUGUUGGAGAGAGUUCGGAAGGCUAAGGACUUCGCUUCUGGUGAUGAAGCCGUGGCGUUUCUCGACGGUUGUGGCGUCAAACCGGAUAAGGAUUUCAUCUUUUCGUGUGUUUGGGGAUUGAGAGAGGAGUGGAAAUUGGCGUAUUUGGUGUUCAAAUGGGGCGAGAAAUGGGAGUGUCUGGCUGAAAGGACUUGGUGGCUGGUAAUAUGGGUGUUGGGUAGCCAUAAGAAGUUCAGCACUGCUUGGACUUUGAUUCGUGAGCUUCACCGAGAUGCUUCCAUUGAUGCUCAACAAGCAAUGCUGAUCAUGAUUGACAGGUAUGCUGCGGCGAACUAUCCCGACAAGGCAAUCGAGACCUUCCACUUAAUGCAGAAGUUCAAGUUUUCGCCAGAGCAAGAAUCAUACUUCACAUUCUUGGACAUUCUUUGCAGACACGGGAACAUCGAAGAGGCAGAAGAGUUCAUGUUUGUCAACAAGAAGUUCUUCCCAUUAGAAAUCGAGACCUUCAACAUAAUUCUAAACGGAUGGUGUAACAUACUCAAGGACAUCUACGAAGCCAAACGCGUGUGGCGGGAAAUGUCGAGCUGCUGUAUCGAGCCGGACGGGACGUCGUAUACGCACAUGAUUUCCUGCUACGCAAACGUGGAUAACCUAUUCGAUUCGCUAAGAUUGUACGAUCAGAUGAAGAGAAGGGGUUGGACUCCCGGGGCGGAGGUAUAUCAUUCGUUGAUUUACGUACUAACGCGUGCGAAUUGCCUAGACGAGUCUUUUAAAAUUGUCGAUAGGAUGAAAGCGACGGGUUUGGAAUUGAGCUCGACAACUUAUAAUCUUAUGAUACGUCCUCUUUGUGAAGCUAAUAAGUUUGAAGAGGCGAGAGGUGUAUUAGCCCGGAUGUUUAACGAAGGUAUUAAUCCGAGCGUCGACACUUACCACGCGAUGAUUUUGGGCGAGAAUUUAUACGGCACUUUGGGGGUUUUUGACCAUAUGAAGAAAGUUGGUUUGGGACCGGACCGGACGACUUUUAUUCUUGUUCUUGAAAGGUUCUUUCGGUUAGGCGAACCCCAAAAUGCAUUAGAGAUAUGGUCGAAAAUGGAUGAUUAUGGAGUGAAGCCAGACGAGACACAUUAUGUUAUUUUUGUAAAAGGAUUGGCGAAAUGCGGGCUUAUGAGCGAAGCCAAGAAGUUCUAUAGUGAGAUGACAUCUAUUGGGCUCGACGAUCCUUCGAUCAAGAAAUUGUUAGUAGGAAUGAAGACGGGAUCCGGGGCAAGAAAAAAUACGGGGGAGAUGACCAUUGUGAGGUGUGUAAAGAAAGGGAAAGGAUUGCGGCGCGGAAAGAAUAAAGCUUCCCGUUGAUCGUGAAAGAAGAGACAAUGUCGAAGUGACCUUAAAUUAUCAUGUUCUUGUGAGUCGAAUGAGAAAUGUUGAUAGGGUGAAUUUGGUUUGUGUUUGUAUUUUAUGUUUAAAUAGUACUCCCUCUGUCCUAAACAAGGUGCAACUUUUACU